AUGGGUCGAAAUGAAUUAAUAUUUUAUUAUGGAUACGAUUUAUCUUCAUUAACGAUACAACAACGAAAUUUAAUUUUAAAUGCGUAUGAAGAAAAAUUAAAGUAUUCAAAUCAACCACAAUUACUACCACAAUCUUCUUCUUCUUCAAUGCGAAAUUACACUGAUAAUUUCACUAAAGAUUUCAGUGAAGAUUCCGCAAUUGGAAUUAAAAGACCUGAUGGAAUUCAUUGUCCAUUGGUUGAAUUAUUAGAAUCAUAUGAAAACAUUGUAAAAUUGAAUGAAAUUGAAAAUGAAAUUUUAAAAAUACGUGAAGAAAAAGUUAAAAAUUUAAUUAGAAUGAAUAUAAUGAAUAUUGAAAAUAAGAAAAGGAAAAUUGAAAAUUAUUCUGUUAGUACAACUCCAACUACUCCUAUAGAUAAAUUUUCACUUGAAUUCAUUUUAAAUAGUUCUCCUCAACCAGUAAUCGCAAAUCCAAUAAAUCCAAAAAAUAUAAAAAAUAUAAAAAAUAAAUAUAUCGCUCCAUUAGGUUUAUAUCGUGAUUAUUCUGGUAUAAAUAAUCCUACACCCUAUUUAUAUUUUUUUAGAUUUUCUCAUUUUAAUCAAAAUUAUGAACUCGAUUUAAAUUUAAUGUCUCAAAUUGAAAUGUUGGCAAAAACCAAAGAAGAUGAAAUAUUACAAUUCUUUAAUAAUUUAGGAAUAAUAAAUUUACAACAACCUCGAUGUCCUCAUUUUCAAAUCCCUACUCCAAGAACUCCUAGGCCACAACAAUAUCUUAAUUCACCUUAUAUUAAUAAUCCCGCUUCAUAUUUUGAUUCUCAUUCACGUGAUCAAAAUAGGCGUAAUUCAGAAGAAGAAUAUGAUAGUUAUCCGAUGGAUGAUAUAUCAAAAUUUUAUGACGAUAGUGAUAAUGAGAGAGAUUUUGUAGAAGAACCUGCUUAUCCUGCGGAAGCUUUGCCUAUUAAUUCAUCAAAUUAUGGUUCUGGAAAUCAAUCUUCGGAAACUGUUUAUGUUGCUUGGAGUUCUGAUAAUCAUCAAGUUCCUGUAUCAAAAGAGGAAAUUUACGAUAUUUUCAUUGAUUUAACUAAUAAAUUUGGUUUUCAAAAAGAAAGUAUGAAUAAUAUGUACGAUCAUCUAAUGUGUAUGCUAGAUUCACGUGCUUCAAGAAUGUCUCCUUCUCAAGCUUUAUUAUCACUUCAUGCUGAUUUUAUUGGUGGUGAAAAUUCUAAUUAUCGUAAAUGGUAUUUUGCAACUAGAAUGGAUUUAGAUGAUGUUGAUAAUCAUACAAAUCAUAAACCAAAAAAUAAUGACGAUCUCAACGGACGAUGGAAUCAACGUAUGAAUCAAAUGUCUCAAUAUGAUCGUUUACGUCAAAUUGCUUUAUGGCUUUUAUUAUGGGGUGAAGCUGCUCAAAUUAGAUUUAUUGGUGAAUGUUUAUGCUUUUUAUUCAAACUUGCUGAUGAUUACUCUAAAAGUCUUGAAUUCAAAUCAAAAGUUCAUCCAGUACCGGAAGGUGAAUAUCUUAAACAUAUAGUUACUCCACUUUAUCGUUACAUUCGUGGUCAAGGAUAUGAAAUAAUUGGUGGAAAAUUCGUUAGAAAAGAAAAAGAUCACGUUGAUAUAAUAGGUUAUGAUGAUAUUAAUCAAUUAUUUUGGCAUCCUGAGAGUAUUGAUCGUAUAAUCUUAAAAGAUAAUAAUUCAACACGUCUUAUGGCAUUUCCUCCUAGUCAAAGAUAUCAAAUGCUUGGUCAAGUAGAUUGGAAAAAUGUUUUUGAAAAAACUUAUAAAGAAAAGCGUACAUGGUUUCAUCUUGCCGUUAAUUUCACUCGUAUAUGGAUUAUUCAUAUUGCAACCUUUUGUUAUUAUACCGCUUAUAAUUCUCCUUUCCUUUAUAUGGAUCCAGGUGUAUCUGAACCAGCAGUUCAUUAUUCUAUGGUCGCUCUUGGUGGAUCUGUGGCAACUUUAUUCAUGAUAAUUGGAUGUAUUUGUGAAUUCUUAUUUAUUCCUCUCAAUAAUGAAAAUGUUACGAUGUUAACAAAACGACUCAUUUUUCUAUUUAUCAUAUUAAUUAUUAAUACCGCUCCUACUUAUUACAUUUAUACGAGAGCACGUUCAACUUCAACUUCUUUAAUAAUAGCAUUGACUCAACUCGGUAUUUCUUUUUUAACAACAUUAACUUUUGCUAUAGUACCAAGUGCAAAUUUAUUUGGUAGUUUGAAUAAAAGUUCACAAAGAUAUAAGGCGAUUAAAACAUUCACAGCUAAUUAUCCAACAUUAAAUACUACUGAUAGAGCAAUCUCAAUUAGUCUUUGGUGUUGUGUAUUUGGAUGUAAAUUAGUUGAAUCUUAUUUUUUCAUGUCACUUUCUUUCAGUAGUCCUUUGAAAGCAAUGUACGAUCAAAGAGUUAUUGGUUGUAAUGAUAAACUGGCUGGAGACAUGCUUUGUUAUUAUAUGCCUGUAAUGUCAAUUGUGAUUAUGUUUAUUAUGGAACUUGUACUUUUCUUUUUGGAUACUUAUUUAUGGUAUAUCAUUUGGAGUGCCAUUUUUUCGGCGGUUCGCGCUUUAUAUCUCGGAAUGUCCAUUUGGACUUCAAUGAAAAAGAUCUAUUCAAUGUUACCCGAGAAAAUAUAUUCAAAGAUUUUAGCAGCUACAAACAUGGAAAUAAAAUACAAACCACCAGUUCUUGUUCCCCAAAUUUGGAACGCGAUCGUUAUUGCAAUGUAUCGAGAACAUUUUGUGUCUAUGGAAAAUGUUCUUUCAGAAGAUGGACAGCAAUCGUUAAAUCCCCCUACAUUUUUCGAAUCUCCCAAUUCAGAUUAUUUCUUUCCACCACAAAGUGAAGCAGAACGUCGUAUAUCAUUCUUUGCACAAAGUUUAUCAACUACAAUUCCAGAUCCAUUACCAAUCCAAAAUAUGCCCACAUUCACAGUAUUGACUCCUCAUUAUUCUGAAAAGAUUCUUCUUUCCCUUCGUGAAAUUCUUCGUGAAGAGGAUCAAAAUAGUCGAGUUACUUUACUCGAAUAUUUGAAACAAUUACAUCCAAUAGAAUGGGAUAAUUUUGUUAAAGACAGUAAAGUAGUUGAAGAAAAGAAUAUGACUCCACAAACACCACAAUUAUCUCUAUCAAAUAGUAAUGCUUCAACAAUAGAAACAAUUAAAGAUAAAAAAAAUGAUGACUUAGCUUUUUACUCUGUUGGAUUUAAAUCAUCAGCACCUGAAUAUACAUUACGUACACGUAUAUGGGCCUCACUUCGAUCUCAAACCUUAUAUCGUACAAUAUCCGGAUUCAUGAAUUAUUCAAAAGCGAUCAAACUUUUGUAUCGUGUUGAAAAUCCCGAAAUCACUUCAAAUUUAAAAAAUAAUCCAGAAAAACUUGAAGAAGAAAUGACAGCCUUGGCUCGUCGCAAAUUCAAAUUCCUAGUAUCCAUGCAAAGAUAUGAUAAAUUCAAUAAUGAAGAACGAGAAAAUGCCGAAUUCUUAUUACGUGCUUACCCGGAUCUUCAAAUUGCUUAUCUUGAUGAAGUACCUCCGGAAAAUGAAGGAGAAGAACCAAAAAUAUUUUCCGUAUUAAUAGAUGGUCAUUGUAAAAUAUUAUCUAAUGGAAAAAGAAAACCUAAAUUCCGUAUUCAACUUCCCGGAAAUCCGAUCCUUGGAGAUGGAAAAUCUGACAAUCAAAAUCAUGCAAUCAUCUUUUAUCGAGGUGAAUAUUUACAAUUGGUUGAUGCUAAUCAAGAUAAUUACCUUGAAGAAUGUCUAAAGAUUCGUAGUGUCUUAAGAGAAUUUGAACAAUAUGAAAUGCCUACAACAUCUCCUUAUGCUCCAUCUGCUGAAUCAAUCAAAAAAGAUCCUGUAGCAAUUGUUGGUGCUCGAGAAUAUAUCUUCUCUGAAAAUUAUGGUGUUCUUGGUGAUGUGGCGGCCGGUAAAGAACAAACUUUUGGUACAUUGUCUCAAAGGAUUAUGGCCAAAGUAGGUGCUAGGUUACAUUAUGGACAUCCGGAUUUCUUAAAUGCCAUAUUUAUGAUAACUCGUGGUGGUAUAUCAAAAGCACAAAAGGGUUUACAUCUUAACGAAGAUAUUUAUGCUGGGAUGAGUGCUUUUAAUCGAGGUGGACGUAUUAAGCAUACUGAAUAUUAUCAAUGUGGUAAAGGUCGUGAUCUUGGGUUUGGAUCUAUUCUUCACUUUACCACCAAAAUUGGAACUGGUAUGGGAGAACAAAUGUUAUCUCGUGAAUACUAUUACCUAGGCACUCAGCUUCCUUUGGAUAGAUUCUUGACCUUUUAUUAUGCACAUCCUGGAUUUCAUGUGAAUAAUAUCUUUAUUAUGUUAUCGGUACAACUUUUCAUGUUUGGAAUGAUGUUCAUCGGUGCUAUGGCCUCUACUUUAACGUUAUGUGAUUUCAAUCCUGAUCCAACUGCCGAACUUAGUCCCCCAGGAUGUUAUAAUCUAGUCCCUGUUUUCGCUUGGAUCAAACGUUCAAUCACCUCGAUCUUUCUUGUGUUCUUCGUGGCGUUUUUACCUUUAUUCAUUCAAGAGUCAUCUGAAAAAGGUUUCACUCGUAGCUUUACUCGGCUUGGAAAACAUUUUAUGUCACUUUCCCCCUUAUUUGAAGUUUUUACAACCCAGAUUUAUGCUAAUGGUAUUAUGGCAAAUCUAAAUUUUGGUGGUGCCCGUUAUAUUGCCACUGGUCGUGGAUUUGCCACUGCUCGUAUUCCAUUCGCAAUAUUAUAUUCCCGUUUUUCUGGUCCAAGUAUUUAUUUUGGCAUGAGAAUCUUGUUGAUAUUAUUAUUUGUAUCAUUGACUAUGUGGCUUCCGCACUUAAUUUACUUUUGGGUAUCAGUUAUCGCAUUGGUAAUAUCACCAUUCAUAUUCAACCCACAUCAAUUUUCUUUUAUUGAUUUUCUUGUCGAUUAUCGUGAGUUCUUAAGAUGGAUGUCUCGAGGAAAUUCAAAAUCCCACGCAAAUUCAUGGAUCGCAUAUUGUCGUGUUUCUAGAACGAUGAUUACUGGUUAUAAACGUAAACGAUUAGGACAUCCUUCAGAGAAAUUGGUUAGUGAUAUUCCCCGACCGAACUUUGUUGUUAUCUUUGCAUCAGAAAUCUUGUCACCAUUUAUAUUGGCAGCUCUAUGUGUCAUAGCAUUUUCGUUUGUAAAAGGUUUUGAUCCUUUAAAUCCUGGACAACCAAACAAUGGUCCAAGCGCUAUUAUUCGUGUCUGUUCGAUAGCAGUCAUACCAAUUCUAUUAAAUUCUAUUAUGUUGGCUGGUCUUUUCUUUAUUUCAUUCUGUCUGGGUCCAAUUGUAAAUGGAUAUUUCAACAAAUUUGGAUCAGUGAUUGCAGCAAUUGCUCACACGUGGUCAGUGGUUAGUUUAAUCGGUGCAUUUGAAUUACUAUGGUACAUUGAAGCAUGGAAUAUUCCUCAUGCUAUCUUAGGGAUGAUCGCAUUGGCCGCAAUUCAGAGGUUUAUUUUUAAAGUCUUGAUCAUAAUAUUUUUAUCUCGUGAAUUUAAGCAUGAUGAAACAAAUAAAGCUUGGUGGACAGGAAAAUGGAACGGUCGUGGAUUAGGAAAUUCAAAACUUACGCAACCAUUCCGCGAAUAUAUUUGUAAAAUCGUUGAGAUGUCACUUUUUGCAGCUGACUUUAUAUUGGGUCACAUCAUUUUGUUCAUGUUAGGGCCUGUAUGUUUAAUUCCUUGGAUAGAUAAAUUGCAUUCCACCAUGUUAUUUUGGUUGAGACCAAGCAAACAAAUUAGACAACCAAUAUUUUCACAAAAACAGAAGCAACGUAGAUCACGUAUUAUGUGGACAUAUGGAUUUUUAUUUUUAAUAAUGUUUCUUUUAUUUUCUGGGUUAAUUGCUGGACCUAUAUUUGUUGGAGUUAAUUUGAAAUUGGAUGUACCAAUAUAA